UAGCAUAGUUUGGCGAAGCAUGCAUGCAUUGAGCCUGAUGAACGUUGCAUGAUCAUUACGAUCUUGUCCAUAAUUUGACCCACAUGACCCAUAGACAAAUGCAUGCUCAAAUGCCUUUGACUAUCACUUGAGCAACAAACACAUUUGCAUGAACACACAAGUAUGUACUGACCCCUCCCUCUCUCUCUCUCUAGAUCUCUAGGUUUUCUAUUUCUGGAUUCUUGCAAGAUCAGGUGCGUUUUGGUACUUGUGCAUAUAAAGAAGGGGUUUCAAGAAAGGUAGAGUUCAGCAUGUGGAGUAGCUCAUAUAUGAAUAAUACUCCAAUAUCCUUCCAAAGUUCAAGCUAGAAGAGAUAAACAUCAGAACAGAGGUAAAACAUAGCUAGCUAUCUGAGGUCGGGAUAUGGGACGCGGAAAGAUACCAAUCAGGAGGAUUGAGAACCGGACCACAAGGCAAGUCACCUUCUCCAAGCGACGAGCAGGGCUGUUGAAGAAGACCCACGAGCUUUCGGUGCUUUGUGAUGCCCAAAUUGGGCUCAUUAUCUUCUCAAACACCGGAAAGAUGCGUCAGUACUGCACUGAGCCUUUGAGGAUGGAGCAAAUCAUAGAAAGGUACCAAAAGGUCACUGGCACGUGUAUUCCCGAGCAUGAUGCCCGCCGGGAACAAAUAUGUGGUGAAAUAGGAAUGCUGAGAAAUGAAACUCGUCGUCUCCAACUUAGCAUGCAACGCUACACCGGUGAGGACACGAGAGCCUUACCAUAUGAGGAUUUGAAUCGACUUGAAAAAGAACUAGAAAUCUCGAUUAACAAGGUUCGAGAUCGAAAGAAUGAGCUCUUGCACCAACAGCUGGACAACUUGAGAAGGAAGGAGCGGAUAUUGGAGGAAGAAAACAGCAGCAUGCACGUUUGGAUUCAAGAGAAUCAGGCAGCUAUAGAGUAUCAGCAGGCUGCAGCAAUGCAGGCAAAGGUGCCAUUUGAGCAUAAGCAAGUUUUAGGUGAUCAAUUCCAGUUAUAUGUAGAGCAACCCAGUAGUGAGCUUCAACUUGCCACCAUCCCACCUCACAUUCAGUCAACAUAUCAUCUUCAAUUUUCUCAGCCUAAUCUUCAAGAUUAUGUUUCCUCUUUGGUUCCACAAGAUUGAGGUUUACUCAUGAGAUGGGUUUCUAGUACGAAGAAAUAAAAUUUCACAUGGUGAUCAAGAUCGGUGAAGACUUGUAAUUUCGGCUUUAUAUGGCUACAGCAAGAACUUCCAUAUAUGCAUGUUUCCCAGAUUACCGCGUAUUUAACUAAAACAAUAAUUUGUUUGUUGAGUCUGGUCGUGUGUUUAAGUUUCCAUGAAUUCUAGCAAAUACUUUAUUAUGGUGACAACAAGAUAUUGUUCCAAAUGCUUGCAUUAUGUGGAAAAUCAAUUUUAAGUUUAGAGAUCA